UCCGCACAUCUCAGAAAAUUCUAUGAAACGCUCCGCCCCAACUUGUCCGCUUUUUUUUUUUCGCCCGGGUUUUUGAACUUUUUGCCCAGUCGGGUCGGGACCGUCCUUUAGAACAAGUGGGGAAAAGUUCGCCAUGGAGCUGUUCCUCAUUUCUACCAUUUUAGCGGGCGCCGUCAUCGCGCCCUUCGCGCUGAGAAUCCUUUUCCCCUAUUUAUGGAAGGAUCUCCGGUACGUCGGCGUCCUGGUGCGGGUUUUGGUCCGCUACGCAGCGAACCGAAGGCGGAGACCUCCGUCCUACGUGCUGGAGCGCUUCUUGGAGCAAGCCGCCGCGCUACCCGACAAGCCCUUCGUCGCGUUCGGGGACGAGACGCACACGUACGCGGACGCGGACCGGGAGAGCAACAGGAUCGCCAACGCGCUCCGGGCGCAGCGCGGGUACGAGGCUGGAGCCACCGCCGCGCUCCUCAUGGGGAACGAGCCCAGGUUUUUGUUUACUUGGCUGGCUCUGGCCAAGCUCGGCUCUCCCGUCGCCCUGCUGAACUACAACAUCCGGAGCAAGUCUCUGCUGCACUGCUUCAACUGCUGCAAGGCCAAGGUGCUGGUUGCAGCCGCAGAGCUGAAAGAGGCAGUGGAGGAUGUGCUGCCCUCCCUGAUGGAGCAGGGUGUCACGGUCCUCCUCUUGGUCAAAUCCUGCGACACUCCAGGAAUCGUGAGCUUCUCUGAUAAAGUGGAAGAAGCCGCGGACACACCGCUACCUCGAUCCAUCAGAUCACACGUCACAUUUAAAAGUCCCGCCGUCUAUAUCUACACCUCUGGCACGACCGGUCUUCCUAAGGCAGCUUUGGUUGAUCAGAAUCGCCUCCUAUCAGCUCUGGCUAUUAUAUCUGCAUACGGUGUGAAAUCCAAGGAUGUCAUGUACGUCAACCUGCCGCUCUACCACACAGCAGGGUUUCUCGUUGGAUUUCUUGGCUGCAUUGAAGCAGGGUCAACUCUAGUUCUGAAAAGGAAGUUUUCUGCCUCUCAGUUCUGGGACGACUGCAGAAAAUACAAUGUGACUGUCAUUCAGUAUAUCGGAGAAGUGAUGCGCUACCUCUGCUGCACACCAAAGAGGGACAAUGACAAAGACCAUAAAGUAAGACUGGCCAUCGGCAACGGAGUCCGAGCAGAAGUCUGGAAAGAGUUCCUGAGUCGCUUUGGAAACAUCCAGAUUUUUGAGUUUUAUGCCUCCACAGAGGGAAAUAUAGGAUUCCUCAACUACACUGAGAAAAUAGGAGCAGUUGGACGAGUUCACUUUUUGCACAAGAGAUUGUUUCCCUACACACUUGUGAAGUACGACACAGAGCGCGACGAACCGGUGCGAGAUGCUAACGGUCUCUGCAUUGAGACCUCGAAAGGUAAUACAGGACUGCUGGUGUCGAAGAUUACAGACCUCACACCUUUUGUCGGAUACGCUCAAAACGAAGAGCAGACAGAGAGGAAAAAGCUGCGCAACGUCCUCAAAAAAGGAGACCUGUACUUCAACACCGGUGACCUAAUGAGGAUCGAUAAAGACAAUUUCAUUUACUUUCAGGAUCGUGUCGGGGACACCUUCAGGUGGAAAGGUGAGAACGUUGCGACAACUGAGGUCUCCGACAUCCUUUCGAUGAGCAACUGUCUGCAAGAGGCCAAUGUUUAUGGAGUCCAAGUGCCAGGGCACGAGGGGCGCGUGGGAAUGGCAGCUGCCACGCUGAAGAACGGUGCCCGGUUUGAUGGGAGUCGACUUUACGACCACGUUGUUAGCUACCUGCCCUCAUACGCACGGCCCCGCUUUAUAAGGCUGCAGAGUUCAGUGGAAGUCACGACUACUUUCAAGCAGAUGAAAGUGAAGCUGGUGAAUCAGGGGUUCGAUCCGGAGAACAUCCAGGAGCCUCUUUACAUCCUCGACGACAGAGCGAAAAGCUACGUACCACUGAUGGCUGAGACUUACCGCUCCAUCCUGUCCGGAAGCGUCAAGCUGUAACCAGCUCCACUGGCCGUGUGAGAGGCUGUCAUAGCGUCUGAUUUAUUUUAUUUUUUUAAUAAUUUCCAGCUCAGGGAAGCAAAUGUUAUUUUAAAUAUUCUUAUGUGUAUGUUUUUUUUUAAACAUACACAUAGUCAGUGUAUUAUUUCGAAAAGAACAAUCACAAGGUAAUCAUAAAACUACAUUGUUGUAAAUAGCCUAAUAACUGCUUACCAUGCUGUAUUAACUACUUACAAUGUUUUUUUUUCAACUCAGUGUCAUAUCUGUGUUUAGAUUUAUCUUUUCAGAGACAGAAUGUGGUGAAUCCUGUUACACCUAUAACACAGCAUGGACAGUAUUUUACAAUUUCUUAAAAAAUGUGACCUUUUUUCAUAAACAUUGAUUUUACAUGCCUUCAAAGGCUCAGUUGAAGUAAUAAUUUGUAAGCUAUAAAAACAUAUAGAUAGCAUCCAUGUUUGAAAGUGAUGUUAUCGACUAAUGUCUGUGAAAAUAAGCCAAACUGCGGAAACCUAAAGUUACUGUUACAGUAAAUUGUGCAGGUUUUCAGUAUUUUUGCCCUUCAGGAGCUCAACGUUACGAGUCCAGAUGUCAGAAGAGAAGGAGAACACAAGGUGGCGCCAUGCUUUGACUUUUCUCUUACUGCUGACGUUUUUUUUUUUUUUUUAAUGGCGAAAGAGACCAAGGAAUAUUUUAAAAGCGUUUAGUUGACUGACAAUAAAGCCUGACAAAAACUAAAUCUAAUCAAACCUUUAUUUGAUUUGAACUUCUGAAAAUAUUCCUUCACAAUCAGAGUCUGAAAAUAUAUGUUGAAAGAAAGUGAAGUGAUGUUUGUUUUUAAAAAAAUAUAUUUUUACUUGGACUUUUAAUUUAAACCGUGGUAAUGAAGAUAUUUUGCUUAGCAAUUUGUAUCACUUCCUACUUUUAUAUCAUGUGUUAUUAAUAUAAUGUGCACUGCAGAAACAGUAUUUUGGGGAUGUGUACAAACAUUUCUGGUAGAGAAAUUUAGACAAGAUGUAAAUAAAAUAUUUAAAUGCUUUUCAAAGAAGUAAUGGAAGAGAUUUGCAUAUUUCUCUGUAGUGACUGUAAUGUUGUUGAAGAGUCUUAUUGAUCAGGUAGUUAUUAAUUUUAUUCAUGAAGGGUUUAUUCACACAAAUGUCUGCUUUUGGUGUUUCUAAAGGCAAACAGGUCUAAAUAAUUACCAGAAACCCAAAACAGUGGAGUCCAGUUCCAUAUUUGGGGUGUGAGAACAAAAGCCUCGGACUUUGUCCUGGAAAGAAACGGGAGAUAAAAUCGAAACUUCUGUCUUGUCUAAGAACAUAAUCAGAACCGUGAAAGGUUUUAGAGAGUCAGGCUACCGGUUUAUAAAAGCAGGUCUCUCGGGCAAAAUGUUAGUAAAGUCCAGCAUUUAUUUUAAGCGAUCAGGACUUGACUUGAAGUCCUAAGCUGUAAAUCAUCAUGUGAUAACACAAGCGAAACGACAAUGCAUAAUUUUCCUGAGUGCCACACCCUACCAUUUAAACCAACUGGACUCAUUUCAUUGGAGCAAAUCAUUCCUCUUUUCUUCUGGUUGCACACGUUUCUGGAUGAAAAAGUUAAAAGAAAAGAAACCUCUGAGUUUCUUUCAUUGAGUGUACUUUAGGACAGCACAGCUUUUUGGUCAAACGUUGGGAAAAUUCAAAGAAAUUGGCUCAUUCUGCAGAAGCAAAUUGUAGACAUCAACAAAUUAAUUUUGUAGAUUAAUUUCCAGAAGCGCGAAACAAACGUGCUCAUCCGUUCUUUAGGCGUGAGAGUGUGUGGAAAGGAGAUAUUUUCUGUAUUUCGGAGCUGUGCCAAUGUUUUCGAGCGAAAUGUGAGGACCAAAUCCAGAAUGAAAGCGGAAGACAAGUCCUGUAUCGAUGUGGGGCUGAAACAGCAACUCGGGUUGGUAUUUUAAAACUAACUCAGGAUGUUUGCAAAUGCUUCCAGAUGCACAGUGUAACUUCAGGCAAUGACAAUGUUUUGGAGUAGCCCUCAAAAAGCCCUGAUCUGUGUGAGAAUUUGAGCUCAGAAAUGUGUGAAAGCAUUAAAAUAUGUAAUAAAAACGUCAACAAAACCACUGUUGUUACUCAGGGAUUUAGCAGGUAGGAGCUAUGUUUGUUAAUGACAUCUGAUCUAAAGCAGUAAUAAGAUUGGUCUGAUUUAUCACACAACGCAGACCGAUGCUUUAAAACCACACUGAAUUGGUUACCA